AGUCACCUUUUUUUUCUAGUUUCAUUUUUACGAGUACUCCGCGAUUUCCGCGAUCAUUAUUUUUUUUUCUCAUGACAUAUUACUUAUCUCUCUUGCUCGUCGCGAAAUACUUUAAUUCUUUUAUUUUUAUUCCGGGCUUUUACUAAGGCCAUUUUAUGGCUUACAUUACGUUAGUUCCGCAUCAAGCCUACAACGUGAUGGCGUCCAUGGCAAGUUUAUUUAUAAUUCUUGCAGUUACUAACCAUAUACAGGCGGCGAAGCCGAUUUACGAUGUACCCGACACGUUUCCGCAGACAAAAACUGCAGAGGCUCAGCAUCAGCUCCCGAAUCUAGAAGAUAUCAUGAAUGGAUUCGAUGAACUCUGUCCACCGUUAGGAUUGUCGACUGAACGAUUUAAUGUGCAGGUGAUGGGCAGUCAUUCGCCGCCAAUAGGCGGAUGUGCCUCUAUGCAAACAGUCCGUCACGAUAUUAUACCAGCGUUUAAUUUGUGGCUCGGCAAUGUCCAAAAUGGCGGUGGAAGUUGCGACGAAACGGAUAUGGACCACUACAUGUUUGAGUGUUUAUCAAAACAUCCAUUCAUAGAGGACAACGAUAUUAAAGGGUGGUUUGUUACAUUAUACGACCGAACUGCGAAAUGGACCGGGCAGAAAGACUACAAAUGUGGUUUGUACUCAAUGAUCCUUGAAGACCCACCGACAAUCAAACUGGUAAUUAGUGCGAACCGUACGUGUGAGGGUUUGUCACAGAUAAUGGAAAAUGACGUUCAUACAGUGUCAGAGGGAUUGCGACAUUUUCAUGAUGGAUCUGUAGCUCUUCUUUUAACUAAAGAUUGGCCACAUCCUUUUUCUUCGUCAGAUGUCUGGAGAAAAAAGCGGUCAGCGUUAAAAGACGAUGUAUACAGGUUUCCAGAUUGGUCACAAGGGUCAUGGUUAGAUUUACAAGUAGAUGGAAGUAUAAUACGCUAUGAUACUGCCUUCCACGAAAAAGAAGAUAUUGAUUACGAAGAAGAUAGUGACUAUGGAAAAGACGAGGAUGCAGACAUUUCUGGUAGUGAACUAUACAUGCAAAGGUCACAACGAUAUAAUCCUGUUGGAAUUAGUGGCAGAAAUCGACGAUCCAUUCCAAAUAUGAAUGGUGUAAAAAUGUUAAGAACCCGGAUUACCACUAUUCAAAACAACACACGGGACAAAUUUUGGUUAAAACAUCAAUUAUUAAACGAUAUGCAGAACUUAGAUUUAUUUAAUUUUCGACGAGAACAUAGUAGUGCGUUAUCUGAAAAACAAAAAUCUUUUUUAGAAAUCCUUACAAAACUUUUGACAAUAUCAGUUGAAUCCCCCCCUGAUCUAUUUAGGUAUGAAGACUACACUACUAAAAAGACUCCGGAAAAUACAACCGUGGAUAUGAACGAUAACUCUUUAAAAAUUCCCUUAAAUCUUAAUCGUUUUCGAUCUAAAAGAGAUAUUAUGAACGAACCCGAAACAGCCAACGAAGAAACGAAAUUGCGGAAGAAAAGAUGUUUUGGAAACGCAGCAACAACUACAACAGCUCCGUAUAGGGACCUGGAUUUUGAAAAUCCACCCAAAGCGGGGGAUCCGUUCGAAUUAUUUGACAAAACUAAUAAAUACUUUGGAACAACGCGUAGCCCUGACAACCGAAGUAUUAAGAAAAGAAUGUCUACGAAUAAAUACUUGGAUUUAUUUAAUUUUCAACGAAAACGCCGUAGCGCAUUACCUGAAAAACAAAAAUCUUUUUUAAAUCUUUUUGUUGAAUUUCUGCCAGUAUUAGUUGAAUCCCCCCCUGAUCUUUUUGGGUUUGGAUACUACACUACUAAAAAGACUCCGGUAAGUACAACCACGAAUGUAAAUGAUCAAUCUUUAAAAACUCCCUUAGAUCUUAAUCGUUUUCGAUAUAAAAGAGAUCUUAUAUACCCCGAGGGCACUGUUGAAGACCAGACAGAUUACCGAGCCCUUAAUCUGCCAGGUGGCUACCGAAUAGAAUCCCGACUAUCCCGCCCUACUAUGUUUGAAAAAAAACAGUUAGACCCUAUCUCAGAAUCAGCUACAGCAGAUAGUCACUUUCAAAAUAUUCAGUCAAACUCUAUAAAUGGUCAGAGAAAUAUUUUGAAAGUAAAUAAACGCAUGAGACGCAGUUCUACACAGCAUAGUCAACAACAGCGCGCAACGACAAAAUUCACAUGGCGCUGUAUCAUGCCUGUUGAUAAUGAUGAAAAACAACUUAAUAGUCAUCAAGUUGGAGCCAAAUUCCUUACUUAUGGUGGCCGUAUUAUGGAAAAAACUGCAGAGAAUGACAAUCAUCAACACAACGAACCAAAGUCAGAUACAUUAUUUGACAUUAAAGAGGAUUCGAAAAUGUCGUAUGGGUGCUUGUGGUUAGUGCCUAGAGGACCAAACAUUAUAGAAUUUUCUAUAAUAGGAACAGGAUUGCCUGAUAAAUAUCAGGACAUAAAGAGUUUUGCACGACAGCUUUGCACGGAAAAAAAGCCAGUUGACAAAGAUAGUAAUGUGAGAAAUAUGAAAAAGCUUCAUCCACGCCGCCAUUCGUGGAUCACCGAAACACGAGCCGAUGAAGGGAAACGUGUGGCUGUUGGGUGUCCCAUACCUCUUGGUACAGUGUUUUAUGGUGAGAUCCCAGCUCCGCCACCACCUUCUACGAUUACAAACAACUCACAGCCCGCACCACCGCGACUUUGUGUCAGGUUAAUAUCUUCUGCCGAUGACUGUACGAAUGGACAAGCAGGACCAAUUGAUCAGAUGAAAUAUACUGUAUCAGAAUGCGUCGAGCGAGACUCCUCAACUGGGACUUUCCCACAAAUAGUGGCUACAGAACAAACAAUUUUUGAAGCGUCCAGAGGUUAUGCUGUCGGUGGAAGUUGGCGGAGGAAUAAACGCCACUCAGCUUCUGCAGAUACGUUGACCACUGUCUCAACUGUGGCCACUACACCGACAUCAUCCAAUACGUCAAUGUUGCCAGGUCACAGCAUUUCGACUGGAUCCACAGCUACCUCCUCGACUGCAACGACUUCAUCCUCUAUUACCCCCGGUAGCAGUAAAGGCAGCCAAAAUGCCGUAGACAUUACUACUGUAGAUCCUACGACUUUUAAUACUACUACUACUACUACCACUGCUACCGCCUUCUCGACAGAUACGUCGUCUACUUUACUACUAUCUUCGCCGCAACAGACGACUUCUCCCGAACGACAAUUACCAUUAUUUUUGACGUCGUCUAUUUCCACUACUACUACUACGACUACUACUACUACUCCUCCUCCUCCUCUUAAUGAUUUUACUUCGACGUCCACUGUUACUACAACCACAACUCACUACCCAGGUACUGAUUAUAAUUACCGUCAACAGCAACAGUGGCAGCAACAACACUCACAACCGAAUCACAACAAUAAUGAUUACUAUAACCAGGGACGACAACAACAUUAUCCCCCACCACCGCCUGGCAGCACCGGUAUAGAUCAUAAUUACUAUUAUCUACAGCGACAGCAGCAACAGUGGCAGCAUCAACACCCGCAGACGCAACUGUAUUGGUCGUCUCAACAACAUGAUAAUGGCGCUAACGACUAUGGUAACGGUUAUCAGCAGCAGAUAACGAACGGCGGCGCACACAGGACGGGUGAUUAUUACUAUCGGCAGCAACAACAAAAUUACUACAACCAUCAGUACGACAACGGUCGCCAACAACAAACGCCACAGCCUCGUAAUACGUCACUUAUGGUACAACAUCCAAUCGGUGGUGGUUGGAACGUGCACGGUGAUCGACCGCUGUACAUAAGCAGUGGUGGUGGUGGUGGUGAUAACAACCGAGAAAUACCAGUUGCUCGGAACAGCUCAGCCAGUGUCAGUAGUAGUAAUAAUGGUGGUUGGGCGACACCGGAACAACAGCACUGGUGGUAUCAACAACAGCAACAACGACAGCAAGAACAACAAAAGCAGUACCAGCAAUGGCAGCAGCAAAACAAUCGGGGUCUGGGUGGAAUUUUGUCGCUGCCGCCCGUACCACUGCCGCCACUGCAUGUAGAACAAGGUCCUGUCACUGUUUCGAUGCCUACAUCACCGCCACUCCAUCUGCGUCGACCGCAAAAACCACCAGAUCACUACUUCCUGCCAACGCUGACUACCAAGACCACUAUUAAUCAUCCACACCGUUUGCGUCCUAAGUCCGAAAGCCGAUAUUAUGAAGAACGUGAAUACAAAUGCCUCGGCCAAUGGACUGAACCACAGCAACAUAUAUACCAGGAGCCUACUCAGAAACCAAUUAUGCUGACAUACAUGUACGUAAAGCGUUUGAAUCCGACCAACAACGGAGCGGACCAGUUUGAAUGUUUUGUUGGAACAAUAAUACCCAACGACAAAGGAGCAAAUCCUGAAACCACCACUACACUCAUGUUGACGGAAGCUGGUAGUAGAACCUUGUGUAGUCGCCGAUCGGACCCAUACCAAUCUGGCAUGAAGUUGGUUGGAACCAAAAUGAACAAAGAAGGUGCUUGCAAGAGAUCUGAUCAACCAGCACAAGACACCGCUGGCGGUUCGUGGUAUCCUCUUAAACCACAGCCAAUUUCUCCAUCUAUUCCCGCUGCAGAAAGCAGUGGAGGCACAUGGUACGCUGCGCCCCCUGUUCCUGUGAUCGCACAAAGUUCGACCACUAUGAAGCCUAUCCUCACAGGCAGGCAUACCGGUGGUAAUGGAGCUUCAUUCACAUCACGCCAGAACGAACGUCGUCCACCUCCUAAAACCAACAAUAGCAUCCGAACCGUACCCGAUAAGAAGAUCAUCAUACUUUUAGCAUUCAUUCUGUUUUCUGAGCAUUUAAAUAAUAUAGGGCGUCGCUAUUUCAAUUAGAUCAUCUGAUCAACCAUACACAAAUUAUAUUUACAAUAGUUAAUAACAAUAAAAAUAGUAAUAAGUAAUAGUAAAAUCUCAAACACGAUUAAUACACUAUCUAGGCCCGGUUCAACUCAAACUCAUUUAAUCAAUAUAUUUAAUUAUAUUAUACUCAUUAAACUCAUACAUUAUGAAAUAAUAGCUUUAUAAAGCCACCAUCGUAAAAGAAUUUAAAAAAAAACUCUUAUUUUUUUUUUAUGUUAAGUUAAGUUAACAUGAAUGUAAAUAGCCAUUGUUGGCAUAUUACAUAAUUUUUUAUCAGCUUUUUAA